AUGAGCGAAAAUAAGGAAAAAUCAUAGAAAAACAAUGAAAUAUAGCAAAACAAGAAAGCUCCGAUUCCCAAAAAAUCUUCUUCAAUCAUAGUUUGCAGAAAAAAGAGUGAACAACAAAAUUAAUUCAAUUACGAAUUCUUAAUGCUAAGAAGGAAUCCUAAGCUACCUUUUGGAGGAAUGCAUUCAUAUCCAGGUGGUAAUAUGGAUAAAGAAGAUAGCAUUUUUACUUAAAAAAGGAAACCUAAUUCUUAUAAAUCAAGCUAGAUUGUUUAUGAUUGGCAAGAUACUCUAAUUUAUACUGGAGUUAGGGAGCUAUUUGAGGAGAUAGGAGUUAUUCUAGCUUAAAGAAAUUAGGAGCAAAAAAUUGUAGAAUUAGCUCAGGCCGAAAAGCUACAAUUUGAAGACAUAUUCCAAGCAACAUAACCAGAUUUAAGGAAAAUUUGCAAGCCUUUUAUGAGGAUUAUCACAAUUUAAUCCAUGCCAAGAAGGUGGGAUACUUAAUUUUUUUUAGUUGAAGUAGAAGAAGAUGGAUCUAAAUUGAGUGGAGAUAGUUAUUGCAUAUUUAAUGUACUUAAGUUUUAAAAGACUAAAAAGAUUGAGGAUUUGUAUGAUACAGAUGAUUUAGUUCUAGGCCAAGAUGAAUCUGAUGAUUUUAGCUGGGAAAAUCCUUAAACUGCUUUAUAAAAACACUUUUAGAAUAAAAUAAAACUGCCAAUUCCUCAAUAACUGAUUUGCAAUCUCAUGCUAUCUUUCUAAACUACAGAAUAGAUAAAAUAAUUUUUUAGCUAAAUAGAUGAAUAGAGUAAAAAACAGGACAUUGAAAGCUAAGUAGACUAUUUAAGAAAAUAUCCUUUGACUUUUCCAACAAUUUUAGAAAUUAAAAGAAACUAGAAAAAGUCUCAAAUGACCAUGUGUGGUGAUGAGGAUUAUCCUAUAUAAACUAUUCUUGAAAGAGAAGAAGAAUCUCCUUUUAAAUAAGAGUUAUCUUAAGCUUACAAAAGUGUUAGGAUAAAUAAAGGAUAAAAAAUGUAAAUAAUUUCAGAUUUUCAAACAGAGUUGUAAACAAAUAUUAAAUGUGACUUCUUAUCUCCUUUAAACCUCCUAAGAACUUUAGAUUUAAAAAAUUUUACUACUUAAAUAGAAACUUAACCAAAAUUAUGA